AUUUUCUGUCUCGCGACGCAUGCGCGCUCCUCACUUGUCCGUUGUAUCGGGAGACAUGGCGACGUCCCUGAUUUGCGGCUGCUUGACGGCUAGCCUGAGAUCUUCGGGGGCCAGGAACACUAUCAGCUCCGCUUCAAAGGUUCUCGGCGGCUCGGGGGGUCUGUUCGGAGGCCAUGUCUCCCAGCUGCAGCCUCCCCACCUGCAGCAGCAGCAGAGGAACCUCUCCCUGCACGAGUACAUGAGCAUAGGGCUGCUGAAGGAGGCCGGCAUCGCCGUACCCACGGGCAUGGUGGCCAGCUCCUCCGACGAGGCGUACAACGUGGCCAAGCAGAUCGGUUCCAAGGACCUGGUGGUGAAAGCUCAGGUUCUGGCUGGAGGCAGAGGGAAGGGGACGUUCGAGGGCGGUCUGAAGGGUGGCGUGAGGAUCGUCUACUCCCCCGAGGAGGCCCGGGAGAUUUCCUCUCAGAUGAUUGGUCGAAAGCUGUACACCAAGCAGACCGGGGAGGCGGGUCGCAUCUGCAACCAGGUGUUUAUCUGCGAGCGCAGGUACCCGCGCAGAGAGUACUACUUCGCCAUCACAAUGGAGAGGUCCUAUCAGGGUCCUGUGCUGAUUGGCAGCUCGCAGGGGGGCGUGAACAUCGAAGACGUGGCGGCAGAAAACCCAGACGCCAUUGUGAAGGAGCCCAUUGACAUAGUGGAGGGCAUAAAGAAGGAGCAGGCUGUCAAGGUCGCUCAGAAGAUGGGCUUCCCUGCAGCCCUGGUGGACGAGGCGGCAGAGAACAUGAUCAAACUUUACAACGUCUUCAUCAAGUACGACGCCUCCAUGGUGGAGAUCAAUCCCAUGGUGGAGGACUCCUCUGGCGUCGUGAUGUGCAUGGAUGCCAAAAUCAACUUCGACUCCAACGCAGCGUACCGCCAGAAGAAGGUGUUCGAAAUGCGGGACUGGAGUCAGGAGGACCCCCGCGACCAGCAGGCCGCCACGGCUGACCUCAACUACAUCGGGCUGGACGGGACCAUCGGCUGUCUGGUAAACGGUGCGGGUCUGGCUAUGGCCACCAUGGACAUCAUCAAGCUCCACGGCGGCACGCCAGCCAACUUCUUGGACGUAGGAGGCGGAGCCACGGCUCAUCAGGUGACGGAGGCUUUCAAACUCAUCACUUCCGACAAGAAGGUUCAGGCCAUCCUGGUCAACAUCUUCGGGGGCAUCAUGCGGUGUGAUGUCAUCGCCCAGGGCAUCAUCAUGGCUGUGAGAGACCUGGAUCUCAAAAUCCCCAUCGUAGUACGGUUACAAGGGACGAGAGUGGACGACGCCAAAGCCCUGAUCGCUUCCAGUCCUCUGAAAAUCCUGGCCUGUGACGACCUGGACGAGGCCGCAAAAAUGGUUGUAAAGCUUUCUGAAAUCGUUUCCUUGGCAAAAGAAGCUCAAGUGGACAUCACCUUCCAGCUGCCCAUCUAAGAGACCCUCACUCCCCCCUGCUGUCCCUCAGCGACCCACGCCCCCCACCGACAGGAGGACCGACUUGUCCAGAAGUUACGUCUAGCUUCAUCUCCAUUGUCUCUGUGGCCUGACGGCGAGACUGAAUGAUAAACAACCUUCUCAUUUUCUGUUCCCACACCUUACUCUGAGGGUCAAUCCUAUGUUUUAUUGCACUUAAGAUAAUACGCACAACACCCCCGGCCUUUAGUAUCACUGUCUACUCUCCUCAGCGUGACUCGCGGUCAGCCGCUUUGCUUCUUUACCUGGUUCAAAAACACGACAGCAGGUUCGGCUUUUGUUUCAGUUUUUCACGGAAAAAAAUUUGUUUUUAGUCUCCUCAUUUCACCAAGCCAGGGACUGAAGCUGCUGCAGGGAAGAAAAGUACUUUUCUUCACUUGUCCCUGUGGGAGUGUUUAAACUCUGCAGCUCUGAUUUAAUUAAGAUCUUUAAACAGGCACUGCCUCGGUCCUCUGGGUUAUUCUGGUGCGCGCUUCGGGCAGAGGUGUCCAUCAUCUGGUUCGUCUCUGACCACAUGAAGCCGAUGAGUAGUUUCAAAGCGCGAGAAGGUUUCUCAGGCUGGCCUCAGCUGCAGAUUUGCAGAACGAGUUGUUUCCAAAGGAACUUUGACACCUUGCUUGUUGUGUUUCAUUUAUUAGAACAGGAAAAAUCCUCUGGGCUGCUCCGGUGCUGAUGGUUAACUGCGAAUGGCUCCUGGAUUAGGACUCGUCUGUGUCUGGCUUUUCUAAGUCAUGGGUUUGAAGACAUCGCAGAACAGACAUUUGCCCAAUCUUUAACGUGCAUGGGGCCCAGCAGCUCACUGGAAACAGGCUAGAAAGGAGAAAAGUCAGAAAAAAAGACAUUUAGACUGUGAGUGAAGUCUCUGACCCGCUCGGUCCCUGCUGCCUGAAAUAUGAUAGUUUUUUACGUUGUGCACGCCAAAACGGGCUGGGAUUUAAAAAAUGUGCAGAACCUCCCUGCUUCAGUUAAUCACAUAUUCUUUGUAAAGUCCACUUGGACAUUUUCAACCUUACACCUCCAGGUAGAACAUACGGUAUACUAGUUCUAGACAUAGAACAGCUUAGAUUGUUUUACGAGCGUAGAGUGUGCCCUUAGCGUUGAAGCUUUCGUGUGCGUGUUAAGAAAUAACCUUUCAGAUUUUUUGUUCUCUUUUUUUUUUCAGUGCAAAAACUUCUCGGCUUUUAUAGCGUUUGAAGCAUGUUGUUGUUUUCUGUAAUUGGCUGAAGUUGUGUUCGGGAAGUAAGAAGUAAAAGCCAAUGAUCUCGAGUCUCGCAAACGGAACCACAUCUGUUUUCUUCUCUUCAGUCUCCAACCUCCUGCCGGGUUGAGUGCAGUUCAUAACAGCUGAUUUAGACUAAAUCUAAAUGAACCACUCCAUUUCUUCUUUCUCUCUCACUUGUUUAGCUACCAGAAAUGAGCAGUGUGCUGGUGGGCUCUGGUUAAUUAUUUAGACCACUCUCACCUUUUUCUAUGAAAUAAAACCUGCUAGAGCUGCUCCUGUUCACUCCGCCGUUUUCCCCAACAGGACAGCAGCCGCUUCCUUCCUCUCCUCUGCUUCGGUAAGGUCAGGGUCAUGCUAGUCUGCGUCCCCCUCGGACGAAAUGUGAAACAACUCUGGUUGUUUUCUCUCCUCCCCCGUUCUCUCCCUCUGCUCCCCCGCCUCAGCGUUGCGAACGCAAGCAGACAUUGUGAGUUGUACGUUAUUUUAUCUUGUAAAUAACCAGACUGGUAUUCUCUCUCUGUAUCAUAUUUAUGAUCCUCACAAAGAGUAAAAAAAAAGAAGAAAAGAAUAAAUGCAGAGAACAACAACA